AUGAAUGGAGAAAACAAUAAAGAAACAAAAAUAAAGAAACAAACCACAUGGAAAGCUGGUAAAGACCAGUACAAGACAGACAGCAAGCGUAAGAAUUUCGCGAAGUGUUACAACAAGCAACAAGAAUUUAAAAGCAAAAAUUGUGGGAAGUCUCGUGCAUCGAAGCUGGGCAGUAUGGGAAAACAUGUUUCAACUGUGGAAAGAAUAAUCAUUUUUCUAAAGUCUGUCGAGUGAAGAGGAAAGUAGGUCUCGUUGAACAUGAUAAAAGUAAAGAACAUUUGGAGCCUUUGUUCAUUAGAGCGGUAAAUUAUUCAUCAAGCAAGAGCAAUAACAACGACGAAGAUGAAUAUUUUAAAACACUUGUGAUGCAAGACAAACAAAUACAAUUCAAGAUCGACACUGGUUCGCAAGCUAAUAUACUCCCCAUAACAACGUUUAGAAGUUUAAAAGAUGUCCAGCUCGAGACGACAGCAGUCAAACUCACAAGCUACACAGGAGAACAUUUGCCGGUAUUGGGACAAUGUUACUUGAAAUGUAAUGACAAAAUUUUGAAGUUUAUUUGUUGUUGACAUGAAGCAAGUACCUAUCGUGGAUUUACAGACCUCGAAAGAUCUGAACUUAAUCAAGUUGGUUAUGAACGUAAAGUUAUCAAAGCGAGAAAAUAUGACGGCGAAAUCUGUCAAUGAUAUAUAUGGCCAGUCAAUUUCCUAA